AUGGCUGCCACCGACAAGGAAACCAUCAAGAACCUCGCCGAGAACGGUCACAUCAUCACGGCCAAGGAGGUUGCCGACAUCGACAAGGCCGAGAAGGCCUUGACCGGCAAUGACCACACCGUCAAGAACGGUCUUGCUGCCACUGCUCAAAGCAUGCACGACAAGCAGCAGACAUUCCUGAAGAUGGAAGCCGAUCUCAAGAGCAAGCCCGAGUCGGACAUCACGAAAGACGAUGCCAAGGAGCUCCAGACUGCUGAAGCUCGCCUUCUUGGCCAUCGCCCUCCCGCCGGCUCGGCCGCUGCUACUUUCCAGUCCAUCGCGGACAAGAACGAAGCUGCUCAUCAACGCGAGGACGCUUCCAUCGAAGGCAGGAAGGAGACCGCCGUCAAGGCCGAUCAGAAUGCCUCGACCAACGAGAAGGAGGAUGCCCCUGCCAAGGACUCUGGCGUCUCUGAGAAGAAGGAGGCUGCUACUCCCCAUCAGGAUGAAGUUGUUUCUGCCAAGUCGGACCCUUCUACUGCUAAGAUAGCUGACGCCUCCGAGAAGAAAGACGAUGCCACUGUUCCCGAGGAAGAGCUCGCCAUGAUCACUGACUCCUUCGAGAAGAAAGACGAUGCCACUGUCUGCGAGGCUACGGAGAUCACCAAGAAAAAGACCGAGAUCACCAAGGAGAUGGACGAAAUCAUCAAGAAGAAGGACGAGAUCGCCAAGGAGAUGAAAGAGGUCGAGAAGAGGAUGGACGAGAUCCUCGACUCUUAG